AUGUGGCUCAACAGCUCUGCUUCCCCCUUUCUGCUCACUGGCUUCCCGGGCCUGGAGAAGGCCCACCACUGGCUCUCCAUCCCAUUAUUGGUGGUUUACGUCUCCAUACUUCUUGGCAAUGGCGCCCUUCUCUUUCUCAUCAGGGCCGAUCAUAACCUCCAUGAGCCCGUGUACUCUUUCUUGGCUAUGUUGGCAGCCACUGACCUUGGAGUGACCCUGACCACGAUGCCCACGGUUCUGGGUGUGCUGUGGUUGAAUCACAGAGAGAUUGGCCACAGGGCCUGCUUCUCUCAGGCCUACUUUAUUCACAUGCUUUCUAUCGUGGAGUCUGGUGUUUUGCUCGCCAUGGCCUAUGACCGUUUCAUUGCCAUCUGCAACCCCCUGAGAUAUACUUCCGUCCUCACCAACACCAGGGUCCUAAAGAUUGGGAUGGGGGUCUUGAUAAGGGCUGGUCUGUCAAUCAUGCCGAUAAUCCUUCGCCUUCCCUGGUUUCCCUACUGUCGAUCCCAUGUCCUCUCCCAUGCUUUCUGUCUACACCAAGAUGUCAUCAAGGUAGCCUGUGCCAACGUCACCUUCAACCGUCUCUACCCAGUGGUGGUUGUAUUUGCAAUGGUCUUAGUGGACGUCCUCCUCAUCUUCUUCUCCUACAUUGCGAUCCUCAAGACGGUCACGGGCAUCGCUUCUGGAGGAGGAAGGGCCAAGGCCCUCAGCACGUGCGUCUCCCACAUCUGCUGCCUCCUGGUCUUCUACGUCGCUGUGGUGGGGCUGACCUUCAUCCACAGGUUUGGAAGGCACGCGCCUCGUGUGGUCCACGUCACCAUGAGCUAUGUCUGCUUCCUCUUCCCCCCCUUUAUGAACCCUGUCAUCUACAGCAUUAAAACCAAGCAGAUCCAGAGUGGCAUAAUUCGCUUCUUCUCUCUGCCUCGUUCUAGAGCAUCCCUUUGA